AUGUGGUGGCCUCUCUCUGUUCUGCCUGUACUGACCGCGCUUCUCAGCGUUGGCGACGCUUGUCCACUAGGACAUCCUGUCGGUGCUCAAAAUGCCUACCCCGUCAGCGAUAACCAGACCCUCUGGCGCCGCGUGAGGGUUGGCGGAGGAGGCGGCGAUGAUGGAGCGCCCACGGCUUCUAGCCUCUUCAACAUGGGAGAUGGCAAAACCCCGGGAGACUGUAGUGGUCAGUCAGGCGUAAUGAAUGACUGGCUGAAAGAGGCCAUCCUGCUUCACGACGCUGUCGAAACGGCGUAUGAUAGUACCAAGUCAAACAAGCGAUUGAUGCUUCUCUGGAUUUCAUUCUUUGGCAUCGAAUUCAACACCCACGAAGGAACCCCAGACACGGAUGACGACGUCUUCCCCAGUCAAGCUUCAGACUCGAGAAUCACGGCCUACUUUAUCGAGGCUUUCAAGGGUUACAAUUUUGAACCGGAUACAGAAGAUUCACUUUGCGGCAAAGCUACGCUCUACGCCCUCACUGCUAGGCCUCAACCUAACCCUGACAGAACAAUAGUUGAAGAAACCGAAAUCGAGAUCGGCGAGUAUGACCGGCACAUUGUGUUCUGUCCACCUUCCUUCUCACCAGGGGCGGGCCAUCCUCACAGCUAUCCGUCUCUCUCCCAGGCCGUCUCGUCGGAUCAUUACCCGAAAGGAGACCCCGAGGACAGAACAUCAGGAGAUAUGAAGCUUGACCAAUAUUUGCCCGUGAGCGCUACAUUUUACCACGAACUCUACCACUUAGCGGAUGCGGCGGGAAUUACAAGCGAUCCAUUCUACUCUUUGACUAGCGCACUGAAUGCUGCGAAAAGCAACGGAAGAGGAGAAACUCAUAGAAAUCCAGAGUCAUUUGUUUUCUUCGCCAUGGCCGCAUACAUGUAUCUCAACCCUCCCCAGGGUAGAGAUGCUGUUCUGUUCGUUGGCGGCAUUCCGGUCAAGGCCAGUUGGAUUACUCCAAACUAGGCAAUAUCGUACUAAGACUCGAGAGACCUUUCCUCUUCUGCCAGUGGUAGUUUGUUUAUUACAGACAGGGCUAUUUCAUCCGACGCCAGUUUACAGGGUGUAACCAUG